GCCGAUGUGGAGGCUUCGGAUGUCGUCGACGGGAUUCAGCAGGGUGUGGCGGUGCAGAACUACUGCGGUGCUGCAAUGCAGCUCCUGGACUGCCGUCCGUGCCCCUCCGUGGCCUCGGCGGUGAUGGUGGCCGACUGCUUCAUGCCGGGCCGUACGCCGGACCUCUUCCCACUACUGCUGUCGGCGGUUGCGGCCGCCCGACGAGAGCCAAAGCAGGGCAAAGGCAACGAAUCGGAAGCCGCGAAGGCGAAGUGCCACGCCCUGCUCCGCUACGCGCGGCUCCAGGCGAGCCGCGCCGCCGCGGAGCUCGUGGCCUGCGCCCUGCAGGAUGCUACGGACAUGUGCAAGGAGUGCGGCGAAAGAGACAUCUUGACCAGUAGCGUCCGGAUGCAGUUUGCGGAG